UGCGCGGGUUACAAACACUGGCGGAUUUCUGUCUCGCUCUGGUGGGUUCCUUGCAUCUUCAACUCUACGAAAUGAUACACAAUGUGCACCUGCGAAUGGAUACAUUAUGCCUGCGGGCACGAAGAAAAAGCUCGAUAUAUCGACUGCACGACGAGAAAAGAAAUCGCCAACAGCUCAGAAUGCUCAUGCGGGAGUGUUGACUUUACCGUUAUUCGAUCGCUACGACCCUGCGGAAAGGCCGGAUGUGCAUAUAAAGAGUGCAUGAUGAAAGGAUGGAUUUGUUGCAGAUGUGGAAAGGGACCUAAUGAGGGUCAUGUUUGCAAGCAGGAUGUUAAGCCAUGGCGAUGGGAUUACUUUGAGUGUGGGCAUGACUUCUGUAAGGAUUGCAGACCGUGGAGGGGAGAACAACGAACUGGACAUCAUGGAGGACAUUCGAGAAGAGGAUCGAAGGAGAUGAUUCGAAAGGGACUGCAUGUUAUCACUGGAAGAACAGAGAGGGUUUGACGAUGUUACGAUGCCUACGGUCUCUGAGGGAAAGCUCCAGCAGAAGCUGCAUAUUGAGUAACUGAUACCAUGGAAGCUAUCACGGA